CGGACGCAGGGAAUUAUGGGAUAUCUUCCCUCGGCGGCGCGGUGCCGCCAUGUCUCCUGAAGAUAAACGGCGGCUAGUCGUUUUCACCGCUGCGGUGUUUUCUUUGUUCCUCCUUUUACUCGUGUUGAGCUACAUACCAGCUUAUUUGUAUAUACUUUUUAUCUGCGUCGUGUCUUGUGUUGUUUAUUUUCACAAAGCGGAGGAGUUGCAGCUCUUCGAGAGACUAGGCCUCAAUCCUCGCCGUGGACUGAGCGUUCCGUCGGCUCUGUUGCGCUGGUUACCGGGCAGGACUUUGAGCGGAGUCCCGGCCGCCGGCAGAAACAAGUUACGUAAAAGUGAUGCUAGAAAUUCCUUCGCGUCACCCAGCGAUAGACACUUUGCGGGCUCGUAUUAUAGAAGAGACCACGCGCUCAGCGACUCGGUGUUCAGCCCUCGGGAUAUACUCAUGGGAAGUUACCUCGCCAAGACUGAAGAAAGCCCCUCCGCAGCGGUGAGGCCCGCUGGAGGCUCGGGGGCUUUCAUGCACCCCAGAGAUCAGCUCCGGGAGAGACUCGCCCGGCCUAAUCAUGCUGUGCACACCCCUAACAGAAGACUGUCAUUCGGGGACCCUGUGGGCACUGCAAGUCGGUUCACCAUCACCCCCCAAAGACAUUACCCCCUUCAGCAGAUGGGGACGUCCCCUGUUGGAGUGAUGCCACCUGCAAACUGGGAUGGUUUCCGUAAGAAGAAUGUCCUCACACAACGCAAUUCACCUUCAGUUCACAGUCCUGUCACAGUGAAGAUCGCCAGACCAGACCCCGCUCGAUCAUCAUUCUUCAAUCACCUGAACUCCCCUGGAGCAGUCAAAUCUCCGGGGAUUGGAGCCCAGACAGACCCCUGCUCUAGAGAAGCUGUUCUCAGCGUGCUCAGAGAAAGCAGAAAAAGGGAAGUUGAUGAGGAGGACAGGAGUGCUUCCUCUGGCCAGAAAAGCAAAAGGAGGCGACAUGACAGCAGUGGAAGUUCUCAGUCAGCAUUUGAGCCACUUCUUGCAAAUGGAGCUCCAUCUCAGCUUGUUCCAAAACCAGGCAGUCUGAAGAGAGGGAUGAACUCUUCUCUUAUUGAGGAAUCCAUUAUGAAGCGAUCUCGCACCUCUUCUAUCAGCUCUGUAAGUGGUGCUCCUGUUCCCAGCGGGGUGCCUGGAUCUGUCCGAAAUCCCAUUCGCAGUUCUUACAGCUCUUCACAGGGUUAUCCACAGAGAAGAGCAGCAUCCAGUCUCAGUCUUUCUCCUUUCACAAGCCCAGGAGGAUCUCGGUGUCAGACACCAGAGCGAGCUGCCAAGAAAUCAAGGGAGGAAGAGGCUACCUCACCAAGUUCUACAUUCUUUGUGAAAUUGGAUAAGGUAGCAACUGAUCCUGCACCUGCUACAACUAAAGUAACUCCAAAAUCUGAGGCACCUGUUGCAACAUCGACCUCUGACUCUGGAGGCGGCAGUGGCAAACGUAAGCGCAAAAUCCAGCUUGUGACCACAAACAGAGGAGAUCAGAUUUCUUUGCCACCACCUCCUGAACUGGGCUAUACGAUCACAGUGAAAGAUUUAGAUAUGGAGAAAAAAGCAACUCUCAGCCAGAUACAGAAGGUCCUGGAGGAGCCUGAGCCAGAGAUCACUCCUCCAGCUUCCGAACCCACCCCAAAUUCGGCUCCCACUUUAACCCUGUUUUCUCAGCCAGCUCCAUCUUCUUCGUCUGGGUCUGCACCUGCCGUGAGCAUUGCACCCUCUCUGAUUUCUCUCUCCAAACCUGUGCCUGAGACCACACCAGCCACUACUAUAACUCCUGCUCCAACUAUAGACCUCACCAUCCCUUCUCCUAGUGUGGCUAGUACAGCACCCCUGACUCUCACCUCAGUCCCCUCCAUAUCUACCACCCCAGCUGCCCCGACUGCUCCAACUGCUCCAUCUUCAAGCAUCUCAAACCCGCUCCUGGAGUCCCUGAAAAACAUGAAGAAUACUCCGCUGCUUAAUGCCCCCACAUUAAUGGGUACUACCACUGCAGCUCCAGCAAUGUCUGUGCCCAGUCUUUCUACACCUGCUGUAGCCCCCACAAACCCGAGCAGUGGAGUUGUCAAAUCUGAGUCAGGCCCUACUGCUCUGCAGCCCUCAUUCUCUACCCCUUCCUCUAUAUCAACACCUGCCUCCAAGCCACCUACUUCCAUGCCCUCUGCCUUCGCUCAAAUCCUGGCCCAACCUCUUCAACCCUCAUCAAGCAAGCUUUCCUUGGGCGGAGGAGGCAGCCUGUUCAGUUUGAUUAAACCUGUGGCCACUCCUGCAUCUGAGCCACCUAAAUCCACAGUUGCUGCACCUACGACCACAGUUGCAUCAGUCAAUAGCAUUAGCAACCCCCUGUCAUCUGGGUUUAAGCCCAUUUUUGGCGCAGGAAGCACCAUGCCUGCUUCCACAGCAGAGGUCAAACCCACCCAGCCCACCUUCAAGCCUUUAUUUGGAACAGGAAGUGGCAUUAGUGCCUUCGGGCAGACAGCCACACCAACGACAUCAACCCCUGCUGCUCCAGUUUCACAGAACAGCGGGAUGUUAUUCAGUGGACUUACCGGUACCCAGCUAGCCACGGUGUCCACAUCAUCUGCUGCCCCAACCACGCAAACUCCUUCCCAGUCUCUGUUUGGAGGAUGGACCGCAACAACCACAUCCGCUCCUGCCACAAACACCGCAUUCCAGUUUGGAGCCACAUCUACUACGACGGCCGCCCCGACGCUGAACACCAACAAUGUUAAUGCCAGCGGCACCACUUCCGCUUUUCAGUUUGGAGCUGCAAAACCUGCACCUGCCGCACAGACCCAAAGCACAUUCUCUUUUGGUCAGCUGUCAGCAAACCAGAAUUCCACCUCCACUUCCUUUGGUGGAUUCGGCAUGACCAGCAGUACGACUACAUCUUCAGAGACACCCACCACGCAAACCACAUUCGGGAGCUCAACCUUCACUGCAUCGUCAACCUUCCCAGCAUCCACACAGCAGACCCCUGCUGCUCCAAAGCCUUUCACGUUUGGCGGCGGUGGCGGCGGCGGCAGUGGUGUUGGUGGUGGUGGUGGCGGCGGUGUAAAUAGCGGCACAUCACCAUUUGUGUUUGGAGCCCCUGCCAGCACAGCAGCGCCUGCAUUUGCGACUAACAGUCAGCCUACGUUCGGUGGAGCUGGCUUCUCUUUCGGAAACACCACCACCCCUUCUGCGGCUCCCGUCUUUGGGGCCUCCACACAGACUGUGGCUCCUCUCCCAGCCCCGGCUCCUGCAUUCACCUUUGGAGGGGUAUCAGCAGCCCCUCAGAACCCUGCUCCGAGUACUCCAGCGCCUCCUGCUUCGGGAGGGUUUAACUUUGGGGCCUCAGCUACACCGUUUGGAACCCCUGCACCUGCAGCUCAAACGCCAGGAUUUUCUUUUGGAGCCAACAACACUGAUAGCAAGCCUGCUUUUGGAACAUCAACUCCUGCUUUUGGCCAGGCAUCAGCGGGAAUGUCAGUGCCAUUUGGCAGUCCUGGAACCCCAGGAUUUGGAGCAAUGGGCACCUCACCAUUUGGUGCUUCACCAGCCGCCUUCUCUAUCGGAACAGGCUCCAAGACCUCUGGGGCUCGGCGAUUACAAGCACGCAGACAGCACCCAAGGAAGAAGUAAUGUGGCUGAUGUGAGUCCUGUCCCUUUCAUUAUUGUCGUCUGGACUCUGCAACCUCUCCUCCGGCUGUCCCACCUGCCCCAGACACUGCUGCUACUGCUGCUGGUCCAAACACAACAAGGCUCUCAGUCAGACCUCAUCUCUACAACCCUCCAGACUGCCAGGGCUGGUCAGGCGUGUAGGAUCAAGGCUCAUGGGGUAUAGAUUUAAGAGUACCGGGUGGUUCCGUCUCUGCUGUUGGUUGCGCCCACAGAGACCCAUCACAACCUCGCUAAUGGAGUCUAUAAAUGUCUGAUGAGGAUGUCUGGUGUUGGGGAAGGAUGGUGAACGGGAGUGAAUUAUACUUGAAAGAAAAAGAGACUUUCAAAUCUGGACUCACACAUGAAUUCAGUCCAGGCCUGUUGAAAGGUCUUAUUUUUGACUUUUGUUUGAGUAGUCAAAUGCUGUUUAUUUUAGAUCCAGUGAAAUCCUUUUUUUUUUCUUUUCUUGCAAUUAAUGUAGAGCUGUUAUGCUUUUUCACCAUGCUUAGCAAAAUCUUUUGUUAAGUCUUCAAAACAUGAAUAUUUUACCCGUUUCAUUUAGGAAAAAAUGUUUGUUUUUUUUGCCUGAGUGAGCUAAAUAAUAAACAAUCGACUUUUACAUGGCUUUUUCUGCACGUUCCUGUAAGAGAAGCAAUGUUCAUUUACCUGUUUUCCCACAUCUGUUUAUCACACGUUGGACGUCCGUCUAAAACCAAAGCUGAUGUUUUAGUGCGACUCACCUCUUCGUCCCACCAUGCCCUGUUUUACUACCUCUCCAUUUUAAAUGUGCACCUGUGUCCCGGCUGAGAUGUUUUACUGCAGUCUGCCUCAUUCAAUCUACUGUUAAUUCUACUCGGAGUAAUUAAAAUCAGCACUUAAUGCAAACAUGUAGGCAAAACUACAAUUCUAUAUCCAUUUCAUCUGCCAUCAGUGUGUAUUUGACUGUCAGGCACUGGAAGUUUUGUUUUGGUUUUUUUUUUUUUUUAACCCAUUCAUUGCUCUGUGUGCCUUAGUGUGUUUUGCUUCUGGUUUCAUAUUAUGGAUGAUGUCAGAUUUGUACUCUGAGACAUGGAUGCCUGUUCUUUCAUAAUAAUGCAUUUCAAAAGAAUACGAUCUCAAUUAUUUUUGAUUACUGACUAAAGAGUUCAAUUUCAAACUCGGUAAAAGUGCAUACUUGGGUUAGAAUAUUCUUUGGAGACAUUUGACUAAGUGAUCAAAUGAAAUAAGUGCAAAAAAUAACUAAAGUGCCCCAAUAAUUUCAGGAGCAUAGAGAAUGCGGCAUUUGCAUUGCUGAAUGUUGGUUUAAAAUCAUUUUGCUCAUUUAGAUUUGGUUUAACCUGGAGAGGCUUAAAUGUUAUUUAUUUUUACAGUUUCUUUUUCAGUUUUACUUUUUUUUUUUUAACAUGCAUGAAAACCAUUACUGAAUUUUUGUAUGAACCAUUCCUGGCUUUGUAUGAAAUCUAUGGUUUGUGCAUGCUUGUGAUUGUGUUUUAAAAUACCGAGAUAUAGAGCAAAUACUCAACUCGCGACUGAAAAGGCAUGUCUUUAGGUUCCUGAAUCAGCAUCUGUUGGGAAAUGCAGUCAAGACAUUAUGUAGGCCGCUGAUACCUGAAGAUUUAAAGUCUUAACAUGUUCUCAGGUCUGUUAAGUGAAAGAGCUGUUAGUAUCAUUUGUUUUCAGUCAUUAUACAAUGUUGUAUAUCCACAAGACACUGGAUUUAAUUAGUACGUCAAUGCACAAAAAUGGAAGCACAAAAACACCAUUCAUUUUAGAGGUUUAUUGUAUUUUUAUUUGGUUUAUCUUCAAUUCUUUGACCUGAAAAUUCCACUGCAGUGGGGACAGCUGUUGUUUUUACGACGAUGUAGCCAUCGGUCCCCCUUAUAUGGCUUUUCUCACGUGGGUCUUAAUUUGUAAUUAAUCCGAUUUUUGAAGUAUCCUCAUGCCUAGACUUGAUGCAAGGAGGCAUGAGCCCAGGCUUUGUUUAUUAUAAAGCCUUACCAAAUACAAGCGAGACGUGUAGACUGUUGAGAAAAUGAGAUGUGUGUUGAGAUGAGAGCUGGAUUUCUCAAGCUGUGAAUGUUUGAGAGCAGUUGUACCUAGUUGUAUGUUUUUCAGACGUUGCUGUUAGUGAAUGCUCAGUUUGUGUGUAAAUGACCAUACCCACUAACCCUCGAAGCGUGAAUGGAGUUUUGAAUGAAGCGGCACACUGAUUGUGUUGUGUCUGCAUAAAUGCUCUGAUAAUGACAUGCUGGUUUCCAAUAAAAAUGUAAAGUUGA